AUGGCUCCCCCAGAUGUGUUGAUGGUUGGAACGGGCGAGUAUACCACCGGCUUUGUAGGAGGCACCGCGUCUACCUCGGACAAGAAGGUGGGAGUCGUCGGCCUGACGAUGUUUGACCUUCGGAGAAGAAAUAAGGUCGGCAACCUGAGCAUGGCUGGGGUAUCAGGCUUGAAGUUUCUGUCUAUUAGAAAGCAUCUUCAGACCAACAUAUCCGAGGUGUACAAUGGGCUAUCAGUCUCGUUUGAAUCCUACCCGGCAGACGACAAGGUUGACCCAAAUGCGUACAAGACGGCCAUAGAUGCGUUAAAGCCUGGCUCAGCCAUCACGAUAUUUACCCCUGAUACAACACAUUAUGAAAUUGCGCUGUACGCUAUACGGCGUAAGAUCCACGUUCUCAUCACUAAGCCCGCUACAAAGACGCUAGAUGACCAUCUCGAGCUUUUGGCUGAGUCUCGAAAGCAUAACGUUUUCGUAUUCAUCGAGCACCAUAAGCGUUUCGACCCAGCAUACUCGGAUGCACGCAACAAGGCUCGGAAGCUGGGAGAUUUUAACUAUUUUUACAGCUAUAUGAGCCAGCCCAAGAGCCAACUAGAGACGUUUAAAGCAUGGGCUGGGAAGGACAGUGACAUUUCGUAUUACCUUAACUCCCACCAUGUUGACAUCUGUGAGAGUAUGGUUCCGGAGUACGCACCAGUUAGGGUAACUGCCUUAGCCUCGAAGGGAGCAGCUAUUGAGCUUGGCUGUGUUGAAGAAACGGAAGAUACCAUAACCCUGAUGGUUGAGUGGAGGAAGAAAGAGGAGCCUUCCAAGAUUGCGACGGGUGUAUAUACCGCAAGUUGGACUGCGCCUCAACAGGCUGGAGUUCACUCUAAUCAAUACUUCCAUUGGAUGGGGUCGAAGGGCGAGAUCAGAAUCAAUCAGGCUAAGAGAGGAUACGAUGUCACAGUUGAUGAAGGGCUCGUGUGGUACAACCCCUUUUAUAUGAGCUAUGCUCCCGACGAGGAAGGGAACUUUGGUGGCCAGCGAGGCUAUGGGUAUAUCAGCUUCGAGAAGUUUAUUGAUGCCAUCACUGCCCUAAACGGCGGACAAGUGACUCUCGACCAACUCGACCGUCGUGGAUUGCCAACCCUAAAGAACACAAUUGCAACAACGGCAAUAUUACAUGCUGGCAGAAUCUCCUUAGAUGAGCGGCGUUUUGUUGAAAUCCUGAGGGAUGGGGACAGCUGGACAUUAAAGUAG